AACAACAUCUGAAGAAUGAGAAUCUAUGAUCCAAACCAAGCUAUUCUUCGAGCCCUCGGAAGCUCCGACAUUGAGCUCAUGCUCGGCCUUCCGAACGACAACAUUGAAAACAUCGCUUCGAGCCUAGCCAAUGCAAACGCUUGGGUUCAAAACAACGUGAAAAACUUCGGUAAUGUCAGGUUCAAGUAUAUUGCAGUUGGAAACGAAGUAAAGCCUUCGUAUCGAUAUGCACAGUUCCUUGUCCCCGCCAUGCGAAACAUUCAAAACGCAGUUUCUGCAGCUGGCCUCCCAAACCAGAUCAAAGUUUCCACUGCCGUUGACAUUGGAGUACUUGGAGAGUCCUCCCCCCCAUCAAGAGGCUCUUUCAAGCCCGAAUACAGGCCACUUCUUGAUCCUAUCAUCACCUUCUUAGUGAACAACCGGUCUCCAUUACUCGUUAACUUAUACCCAUAUUUCAGUCACAUUCGUGACCCCCGAAAUGUUCAUCUAGACUUUGCCCUUUUCACGGCUCCUUCAGAGGUAGUGAGCGACCCUCCUCGCAGUUAUCGUUAUCUUUUCGAUGCCAUUUUAGAUGCUGUUUACUCGGCAUUGGAGAAAGCCGGCGGGGGGUCAUUAGAGAUCGUUGUAUUGGAGUCCGGUUGGCCUUCAGACGGUGGGGCAACCACAUCGCUUGAAAAUGAAAGAACUUACAUAACGAAGUUGGUUCAGCAUGUGAAGGGCGCCAGAGGCACUCCAAAGAGACCUGGAAAGCCGAUAGAAACUUAUUUGUUUGCCAUGUUUGUUGAGAAUCAGAAAGAACCAGCUUAUGAGAAACACUGGGGGCUCUUUCUUCCAAAUAAACAGCCCAAGUUAUUAACCUAG